GUUGCUUCAGAGAAAUCUGACUGUGAUGCCACGUCUACAAACCUGAGAACUGAAGGGUCUGGAAAAUACUCAGGUGAUAGUCCUCCAGAGGAGAAGAAUACUCCUGGGCUUGAAGAAUCAAAAACUGGAAUGGAAAUUAAAAUAGAGGAACAUAAGCCACUAAAAGAAUCUGCUGAACUGCCAGAAUGGAACAAAAGCAGCACUAAUGAUAUAAAGAUAAUUGAAUCACUGCCAGAUCAUUUGAAUGAACAGCAGAAGAGGCAGCAGCUUUCUGUUUCUGAUCGCCAUGUCUAUAAAUAUCGUUGUAACCAUUGUAGCUUGGCUUUUAAGACUAUGCAGAAGCUUCAGAUACAUUCCCAGUAUCAUGCUAUUCGGGCUGCUACCAUGUGUAGCCUUUGCCAACGUAGCUUCCGUACAUUCCAGGCUUUAAAAAAACAUUUGGAAACAGGCCAUCCAGAACUCAGUGAAGCUGAAAUUCAGCAGCUGUGUGCAUCUUUACCUGUAAAUGGUGAACUCUGGUCAGAAAAUGAAAGUAUGGCACAAGAUGAACAUGCACUAGAGCAAGAUAUAGAAAGGGAGUAUGAGGUAGACCAGGAAGGUAAAGCAAGUCCUGUAGGAAGUGAUAGCAGCUCGAUUCCAGAUGAAAUGGGCUCAGAACCAAAGCGGACCUUACCUUUUAGAAAAGGGCCAAAUUUUACUAUGGAAAAGUUUCUAGAUCCUUCUCGUCCAUAUAAAUGCACAGUGUGCAAAGAAUCUUUCACACAAAAGAACAUUCUUUUGGUCCAUUAUAAUUCAGUCUCUCAUUUACAUAAACUCAAAAAAGUGUUGCAAGAAGCAUCCAGUCCUGUCCCUCAAGAAGCAAACAGCAGCACUGACAACAAACCCUAUAAAUGCAGCAUUUGUAAUGUUUCUUACAGCCAAAGUUCUACACUGGAAAUCCACAUGAGAUCUGUACUGCAUCAGACUAAGGCAAGGGCUGCAAAAUUAGAGCCAAACAGUAAUACAUUAAGUGGAACUAGUACAGCAGGGAGCAUUAAUAGCCCUAGCCAAGGAUCAGUAGAGUCUACAAGCCUACCAGCAGUAAACAGCAAAGAAACUCACCUAGAUGCCAAAGAGUUAAAUAAAAAACAGGCUUCUGAACUGAUUUCUGCUCAGCCUACACAUCAUCCUCCCCAGUCACCAGCACAAUUGCAGAUGCAACUCCAGCAUGAAUUGCAGCAGCAAGCAGCUUUCUUUCAACCACAGUUCUUGAACCCUGCAUUUUUGCCUCAUUUCCCUAUGACCCCAGAGGCAUUGUUGCAAUUUCAACAGCCACAGUUUCUUUUUCCGUUCUAUAUUCCUGGGACUGAAUUCAGUUUGAGCCCUGAUCUGGGUUUGCCUGCUUCUGCCUCUUUUGGUAUGCCUGGAAUGGCAGGUAUGGCAGGUUCGUUGUUAGAAGACCUAAAACAGCAGAUGCAAACCCAGCACCAUGUCGGUCAAACUCAGCUACAGCUAUUGCAGCAACAGGCACAACAGUAUCAAGUUACACCACCUCAAAUUCAGCCCCAAAAGCAACAACAGCAGCAGACUAAUAAGUUGAUAAAAGCAGAGCAAAAUCCUGUAAAUGCAGAAUGCCAGAUGGUGAAGGAUAUACCCUUAAUGAAGGAAUCUGAAGAUAUGUCCGAGAAACAAGAAAAACCAAAGCAAGAAUUCACAAGUGAUAGUGAAGGAUUGAAAGAAAACAAGGAAAUAAAGAAACAGAAGUCUUCAGAACCAAUUAUCCCACCACCUAGAAUUGCUUCUGGGGCAAGAGGAAAUGCAGCCAAAGCUUUAUUAGAAAAUUUUGGCUUCGAGUUGGUUAUUCAAUAUAAUGAGAAUAGGCAGAAGGUGCAGAAGAAAAGUAAAACUGGUGAUUGUGAAAAUACUGACAAAUUGGAAUGUGCAGCAUGUAGUAAAUUAUUUUCAAACAUACUUAUAUUGAAGAGUCAUCAGGAACAUGUUCAUGGUCAGUUCUUCCCACAUGGUGCACUAGAAAAAUUUGCCUGUCAAUACAGGGAGGCAUAUGACAAACUUUAUCCUAUUUCACCAUCUUCUCCAGAACCACCCCCACCUCCACCCCCACCUCCACCUCCAGCACCAACUGUUACUCCUUCACAGCCUUCAUCUAGCUCUGGAAAAAUCCAGAACAUAACUCCCACUCCUCUGCAAGCUCCACCACCGACACCACCGCCUCCACCUCCUCCACCACCACCUCCUCCUCCACCACCUCCACCUUCUGCUCCACCACCAGUGCAGCUACCAGUAUCUUUAGAUCUUCCUCUUUUCCCCCCAAUUAUGAUGCAACCAGUGCAACACCCAGCAUUACCUCCUCAGCUUGCCCUUCAGUUACCACCAAUGGAUGCUUUAUCUGCAGAUCUUACUCAGCUUUGUCAGCAACAGCUUGGAUUAGAUCCAAAUUUUCUACGACACUCUCAAUUCAAACGUCCCCGUACUAGAAUCACUGAUGACCAACUGAAAAUCCUGCGAGCAUAUUUUGAUAUUAAUAAUUCUCCCAGCGAAGAACAGAUUCAAGAAAUGGCUGAGAAAUCUGGCCUUUCACAAAAAGUUAUUAAACAUUGGUUUAGAAAUACCUUAUUUAAGGAACGACAGAGAAAUAAAGAUUCUCCAUACAAUUUUAGUAACCCUCCCAUAACAGUUUUGGAAGAUAUAAGAAUUGAACCGCAAACCAAUUCUUUAGAACAUUACAAAUCUGAUGCAUCUUUAAGCAAGCGAUCAUCUAGAACUAGAUUUACUGACUACCAAUUGAGAGUAUUACAAGAUUUUUUUGAUACAAAUGCUUAUCCAAAAGAUGAUGAAAUUGAACAGCUUUCAACUGUACUUAACUUAGCUACUCGUGUUAUUGUUGUAUGGUUCCAAAAUGCACGUCAAAAGGCUCGAAAAAGCUAUGAGAAUCAAGCUGAAACUAAAGAUAAUGAGAAAAGGGAACUCACCAAUGAGAGAUACAUUAGGACUAGUAACAUGCAAUAUCAAUGUAAAAAAUGUAGUGUUGUUUUUCCUAGAAUUUUUGACUUAAUUACUCAUCAGAAAAAACUGUGUUAUAAAGAUGAGGAUGAUGAUGCCCAAGAUGAAAGUCAGACAGAGGACUCAAUGGAUGCCACAGAUCAAACUCUCUAUAAGAACUGUACAUAUUCUGGUCCAUCUGAUUCAUCUAAAAGUAUGGCUGUAACAACCGCAGGAAGCUCUGGAUCUGGUUCUAGUACUCCUUUGAUGCCAUCACCCAGACCUGAGCCAGACAAAAAUUCUCCCAAACCCGAUUUAACUGAAAAGCCAAAGCAAAAUGAUACCACACCUAAACAAGUUGAGACUUCUUCCCAAAGCAACAAAUUAAUGCAAUCCACACUAACAUCCUCCAUGGGAUCCACCAGUGAUCCACAGCCCUCAGCUUCUCAAGCACAGCAACACAAACAAUCCCAAGUAGGAGGCAGACCACCUUCUACAUCACAAUCUACGGCAGUUCCUUCCAGUCCUUUAACAAUUUCAAUGGGUCCUCUUCAAAACAGCCUACCUCCUCAAUUACUACAGUACCAAUGUGACCAGUGUACAGUUGCCUUUCCCACUUUAGAACUUUGGCAGGAGCACCAACACAUGCAUUUCUUAGCAGCACAAAACCAAUUCCUUCAUUCACAAUUUUUAGAAAGGCCUAUGGAUAUGCCCUACAUGAUAUUUGAUCCUAAUAGCCCUUUGAUGACAAGUCAGUUGCUGAAUAGUUCUUUGGCUCAGAUGGCACCACAAGUAGGUUCAACUCACACAACUCACCAUACCCCUUCAGUUUCUGGCUCACUUAAAAGAAAACUGGAUGAUAAAGAUGACAAUAACUGUAGUGAAAAAGAGGGAGGAAACAGUGGUGAGGACCAGCACCGGGAUAAACGAUUGAGAACUACAAUUACUCCAGAGCAGUUGGAAAUACUGUAUGAAAAAUACCUUUUGGAUUCCAAUCCUACUCGAAAAAUGCUAGAUCAUAUUGCACGUGAAGUAGGUCUUAAAAAGAGGGUCGUACAAGUCUGGUUUCAAAACACAAGAGCUCGAGAAAGAAAAGGGCAAUUUCGUGCAGUAGGGCCAGCCCAGUCUCAUAAAAGAUGUCCUUUUUGUCGAGCAUUGUUUAAAGCAAAGUCAGCUUUAGAAAGUCAUAUUCGCAGUCGACACUGGAAUGAAGGAAAACAAGCAGGUUACAGUUUGCCACCAAGUCCUUUAAUAGCCAAUGAAGAUGGAGGAGAGAGUCCACAAAAAUACAUCUUUUUUGAUUAUCCAUCAUCUUUAACAAAAAUUGAUUUAUCAAGUGAAAAUGAAUUAGCUUCUACUGUCUCAACUCCUGUUAGUAAAACUGCAGAAAUGUCACCGAAGAAUCUUUUAAGUCCUUCGUCUUUCAAAGCAGAAUGCAAUGAAGAUAUUGAAAAUCUGAAUGCUGCUCCUGUUGAUAGUUGUUAUGAUCAGAGUAAAACUGACUUUGAUGAAACUUCAUCAAUUAAUACAGCAAUUAGUGAUGCAACAACAGGAGAUGAAGGAAACAAUGAAACUGAAAGUAUGAGUUCAAAAGAUGUGAAAUCUACAUCAACUCCCAAAGAGCCAAAAAAUAUUCUCAAUGACAAUUUGCCAAAAAAUAUAAACAUGCCUAAUAUGGAUAACAAUGAUGAUAGGCAUUUAUUCUCUCUGACGAGCCCAUCAAUCCAUUUAAGUGACAAAGAUUGUGAUCUCGACCAAAGUGUUUACAUUACUGAUGAUCCUGAUGAUAAUGCUGAUCGCAGUGAGACAUCAAGCAUUGCCGAUCCAAGUUCACCUAAUCCAUUUGGAGCAAACAAUCCCUUUAAAUCUAAAAGUAGCGAUCGGCCUGGUCACAAACGAUUUCGAACACAAAUGAGUAAUUUACAGCUUAAGGUCUUGAAGGCUUGCUUUAGUGAUUAUCGAACUCCAACCAUGCAAGAAUGUGAGAUGUUAGGCAAUGAGAUUGGCCUGCCCAAACGUGU